GACAAGAUGCUUCGCACUCCCAAGUGCUCCAGGUGCCGGAACCAUGGCUACCUGGUGCCAGUCAAGGGCCACGCGGGCAAGUGCCGCUGGAAGCAGUGCAUCUGUGAUAAGUGCUACCUGAUCACCGAGCGCCAGAAGAUCAUGGCUGCCCAGAAGAUGCUCAAGACCCAAGGUGCCGAGGAGGAGGUGGUAACUGUGGCCACCCAGGGGCCCCAGUUGCCUCCGAUGGUCCCUGCGGUGGCGACCGCAGCCGCCGCCGCCUCGAGCUCGAGCAUUUGCCCACUGCCUAAAGUGGCUCCUGGAGGCGCCGGGCCCGGCCGGGUGGCCACCUGCUUCCUCGAGCGGCCUCCGCAUGUCCGGAGCCCAGGCCCGAGCGCCUUCCAGCUGGUCCCAGGCGGCCGCCCGGGUCCCGGCACCUUCCAGUCUGGACUGGUGCACGACCGACCCCACGCGUGGGUGUCCCAGCCCAUGUCCGAGCCCUGCCGCCUGGAGCAGUGCUUGCCGGUUCGGCCCGCGCCCCGACUGCCGUUCCCCGACUACGGGCAUCCUCUGAGAUUCAACUCUGAUCAUGUGGUGGGAGCUGGGUACCCUGAGAAAGGAGAGCCUUUCAAGCAGUGCCCUGCCUGCACCCCCAUGCCAUCCUACCAGCCCUUCCCUCUGGGUGGCCAGGACGCAUCCUCAGCUCUGGGGAUCCCGCAACAAAGAAGCUUCCGGCACGUCUCCUGCAGCCCCUACCAUGGAGGCAGCUUGGUGUCAGAUUCAGCCAGAGACCUCCAGCCAACCUACUGCUCGCCGCCGCCGCCGCCGCCGCCACUACCACCUCCCCCAGGCCAGCCACAGCAGGCUCCCUUCCUCCCACCAGGCUACCUCUCUGCUCUCCACUUCCUGCCCCCGCCGCCCCCGCCACCGUCUCCACCGUCUUUCUCACUGACCGUGCUGAACAGCACAGUCAAGGAGAAUACCGAUGAGCAGGAUGCAGAAGCAGAGGCAGAAGCGCCCAGUGAACCCAGCCAGCGCUCUUCCCAGGAGCAGUCCGACUAA